UCCUCACUGGUCUUACCUGUUUUUCCUGCCUCGCCCAAGGCCAGCCCAUUUUGGUUUUAACCAGGAUUCUAUGCCAUUUCGGGAGCAUUGGCAGUCUUACUUACAAAGUUGACCACAAUCUCCAGGACCUACAUUUCCCAGCUCCAUGGCCGCUGCCGCAUGGCCUGAGGAGGAGUUUGUGUGCUCUGUCUGUCUGGAGACACUACGUGACCCCGCCACGCUGCCCUGUGGUCACACCUACUGCCUGUCCUGCAUCCAGGGGCACUGGGACCGGAAUGAGGCCAAGGGUCAGUUUAACUGCCCCCAGUGUAGGCAGGUCUUCACCCCACGACCCUCUCUGGCCAAGAGCACAGUGCUAGUGGAGGCCAUGGAGAAGCUGAGAAGAAAGGGCAUCCAGGAGUAUCCCUACCUCUCCAUCUCAUCUGCCCCACCAUCCAUGUCUAUCUAUCUGGACGUGUGUGCAGACACAAGCCUUCGCCAAGGGGGGAUGUUCCCCCAACUGCCCGUCGUCAGCCCCAGGCGUUGCCCUCAACACCAGCGGCCCCUAGAGCUCUACUGCCAUGAUGAUAAGGAGUGUAUUUGUGACGAAUGUUGUCGUCAUGGACACAAGGGCCACCGUGUGGUUAAGCCGGAAGAGGAGUGGAAGGAGAGACGGAGGGAGCUAGUUCCAAUGCAGGCCGAGACACAGAGGAGGAUCCAAGAGAUGGAGAAGGAGCUCAAAGAGUUCCCACAAACUGCCCAGCUCCACAAAAGCUCAGUCCAGGCCCUACAGAAGGAGGGUGUGGAGCUCUUCUCUGAGCUGGUGAAGAGUGUGGAGCUGAUGGGUACCCAGGUCGUGGAGUUUCUUUGUGCCCAUGAGUCCUCCAUGGGCAGCCGGACCGAGGGCCAUAUCCACAAGCUGGAACAGGAGCUGGCCCAGCUCCGCAGGAGAGACCAGAAACUCAGCCGACUGGCCAGUGUUGUUGUCUUCAUCUAUCAUCCUCCACAGAAUAUCUUCACCCUGGAGCUCCUCACACAUAAUGGGGGCAGAGAGGGGGUAGGGCUGGGUGAGGAGGCCGUUGUGUCUGCGAUUCAAACUGUGAUGGGAGAGUUAAGAGAUGGACUACAGGAUCUCUGUAAAUCCAGCAUGGCCAAGAUCUUCAGAACUGUGAAUGAUGCCAGUCUUAGUCCGUCUCAAUUGUUCAAUGGUCAAGCUGCAGGGAACGGAGCAUCUACUGACCACAAUCAGGUUGCUUCACAAAAUGCAGCAUCCGAAGUGCAAUCAAACCCUCAACUGAACACAGUGAAUGAGAUGACAUCAACAAACUCUCUACCUCAACCUCCAUUACCUCCAACUGGACCUCAAGUGAAUCAGGUGACCACUAUUGGUUUGGCAAACCCAGAGCUGAAAACAAGAAAAGAAAUGCUCAAAUUUUGCUUUAAUCUGACAUUUGACCCCAACACUGCUUACCGCCACCUGAAACUGGCUGAUGGGUACCGUAAAGCCACUCUGAAGGCAGAGAAGCAGAACCAGCUGGAGCACCCCGACCGUUUCAUCUACUGGAGACAGAUACUGUGCAGGCAGUCCCUGGCUGGAAGCCCCUAUUACUGGGAGACAGAGUGGACGGGCCAGAAGAUCACUAUCGGCAUGGCCUACAGAGACCUGGACAGAAAGGAGGCUGAUGACAGCAGCAGGCUGGGCUACAAUGAGCAGUCUUGGAGCCUGAACUGGUCUGGGACAGGCUUCUCAAUGUGGCAUGCUGGGAAAGAGACCCAACUAAGCUCAACCAAGGCUCGCAGGCUGGGGGUGUACCUGGACCAACAUGAAGGAGUACUGGCCUUCUACAGGAUCUCCAACAACCAGGCCCAUCUCAUCCAUUCCCUCCAGACAGACUUUACUGGCCCCCUCUAUCCCGGGUUCCGCUUCUGGUCAGGGGUUGGGGCGUCUGUGACUCUAUGUCAACUGGACUAGUUUAUACAACUGAUAGGACAUUUACAUUUACAUUUAAGUCAUUUAGCAAACGCUCUUAUCCAGAGCGACUUACAAAUUGGUGCAUUCACCUUAUA